AUGGAGAUGGAAGAAGUAGAUGAAGUACUAUGGAAUGAAGAAAUUGAGGAAGAAAAAGAAGAAGAGGAAAUGGACGAUGAAGAAUUCGAGGAACAUGAUUAUGAAACCAUUAAGAUAUUGUUGAUGGCAACAGAAGCAAUAGCUCAAGUGCUCAAUGCUUUAACGGCUCUCAUACAUGAUGGUCAUAUUGAACGUUCAUUAGCUCGACGCCCAAUUUCUACAAUUGGGUACAAUUAUAUAAAUAAGGUACUGAAUGAGGAUCCUCAACACUUUCGACAGUUAUAUAGGAUGUACCCUGAUGUGUUUUUGAAGCUAUGUGUUUGGAAUUUGUUGAACUUUGGAUCCACAGUGCCAACUAAAAUAAGAGAAAGUACAAGAUUUUACCCUUAUUUUAAGGGUUGCAUUGGAGCUAUUGAUGGCACACAUAUACCAGCAAUGGUGACAGGGCGCGAAGUAAGUAGUUAUCGUGAUCGUCACGGUAAAAUAUCACAAAACGUGCUAGCUGCUUGUAACUUUGAUUUGGAAUUCAUAUACGUUCUUAGCGGAUGGGAGGGUUCAGCUCAUGAUUCCAAAGUGUUAAUGAAUUUUCUCCGCAAGGAGUGUCGUUCUAAUGAAUUUCCUAUUGAAGAAAACAACGAGCAUUCAGCGUCGUCGUCAUCACCAGAAACUGAGGGAAAUAAUUAUGACCAAGUUUUUCAAACCCAAGAACAACAACGCGAGAAUGCUAACCAAUGGAGGGUUGGGAUAUCUUCAGAUAUGUGGAGAGAUGCUAUGAAUGACGGGAGUCAAAGAUGA